GAACAUGGAUGAAAACCCGAUCUCGCCGAAACUCGCUGAAAUCGCUGCGAUCCCGGGCCAGCUCGAUCGUCGAGUCGAUCAAGGAUGUUAUGUCCAAGGAGACGAUUAUGACUAUUUGGAUCCAGAGCGCCCUGCCUUUUUUGAUCGCAGCAGUUUCCGCUUUUUUGUAAAAAUUCCGCAAAUGAUCGCUCUAUCCACGCCGAUUAUGGGGCUGAAGGGAAAUCUGGACAUGACUUUUGCAUCGAGAUUGGCAACUAUGAGUCACCAAGGAAAACUUGACACAUGGGAUGGCAUCAAGAAAAGAGUACCGAUCAAUAUGAUGUUGGUGCAGGCUCAAGCCAUGGUCAUCUCCUUUUUCGCCACGGCGCUUACUUUGGCCCUUUCUGCUAUUCAGAAUGCAGUCGGCGUUGCCGGGGCACCUUCGAUGGAUUCCAUUGGCGUGCACAUCCCGCUAAUGAUCGCCACCGGCCUAAUGACAAUCUGCACGUCUUGCGGCGUGAUGGACACCGUCAUGGCCACCAUGGUUAUUGUUUCCAGACGCAAAAACGUGAACCCCGACAACAUCACCGCCCCCAUUGCCGCGUCGAUGGGCGAUCUGGCGUGCAUGUGCUUGCUGGUAGCCUACGGCUCGCUACUCUUCAUCCCGUACAGCAAUGAUUCCUCUUGGCGAAUGAUCCCGUCGAUCGUGCUCGCCAUCGUGAUCAUGUGCACGUGGCCGUACUGGAUGUACAAAUGUCUGCAAGACGAGAAGUGCAGAACCAUGCUGAAGACGUCGUGGUUCUCCUUGAUUGGAUCUGCCAUGUUCUCGGCAUGCGGUGGCUUCAUCUUGCAAAUCUGCGUAAAUUCCUUCCCGGAAAUGUCGCUCUACCAACCGCUUAUGGCCGGAAUCGCCGGAAACCGCGUGGCCGUCCAGUCGUCUAGGAUCGCCUCGCUGCUAUAUCGGGAUCACAAGCCUGGUGAGCUUCCGGAAGGCCGCUCGCUGUGGCACUACCUCUCCCCGUGGAGAUGCUAUCUGUCGAAAGAUACCGAUGCGGGCGCUGCUCGAUUGUUGCUUGCUACGGCUGUGCCGUUCCAGGCAAUCUUCGUCUCCCUGACGUACCUCGUCUCGUACAUCCUCCACAAAUCCGGCGUCAUCGACCCGUUGCCGAUGAUCAAUUGGCAAUUUACGCUGGGAUAUCUUAUCGCUGCGUUUGUCCAGAUCCUGAUCCUGCUCUGGUGUUGUCAGCUGAUCGUGUUCGCGAUGUGGAGAUUCAAGAUGGACCCCGACUUGCACGCUAUUCCGAUUUUGACGGGAAUGGGCGACUUGUUCGGCACGACCUGGGCCGCUGUCACCUACGUCAUCCUCUACCAACUUACCCCAAGCUCGAUUCGGACUACUUUUGACCCGAACGGUUUGUCGCCUCCUUGGAGCCCUGAACCAUCAUAUCCUGAACCGGAGGCCGAGAUCGACAAUGUCGAAAAUGAGGAAAGCGUCGAGGGCCCGGGACAGCACCUCACCUGUGCCGAAAGUUCAAAAACGUUCAUUUGCGAAAAUGAAGAAAUCAUCGUCGCCGGAAGUGAGCAAGUCACGGAUGCGGGAAAUGAAGAGACUAUUCAAGCUAAUGAAGCGAGCAUCAAUGCAGAAAAUCAAGAAAUCGUCGAGGCAGAGGGAAAGCACCUCACCUGUGCGGGAAGUGAAGGAACGAUCAGUUGCGACAGGCAGCAAGAGUUGCGACAAGCUCCGGUUUUGUGCCCGAAGGCCUUUGGAACAAUCGACGAGCCAGACGGAAGCAAGAAGAAAGGAUGGACAUCUAUACGAUGGAAAGAGCUUCUACGCGAUCUUUGUACGGAUGAAGACGAUGAUACCGAAAACGGUCCUGAUUGGAUCCGGCGGUUCGAUGACGUGAUACCUUGGAGAACUCCGGGGGACGAAGCCGCCAAUGAACGCUUGUUCGGCAACAGAAGACAACUUCACCGAUUGCUGGAGGAGUGUGUCUACGACGAUUUAUCGGAUCCUCAGAAGGCAGCAACCGUGAACUUCAUCCGAGGCGGAGGCCGAUUUUUGCUGUUUGACGAGGGCGGGCUCGGGAAAUCGAUGGUGGGCGCUGGCGACAAUGAGGCGAGGAUUAUAUUUGGUCAAAAACUACCUGCCCUUGGCGGAGUGCGUGACGGUUCGGAAGAAAGACGACAGGCUCCCCAGGAAGCCGUCGUGACUUGGGAUGAAAGUCAGCAUGUGAAGAAUUGGAAGAGCGAUCGUACUAAAAAUUCCCGAAACUUGGUGGCUAAUGCCGAACGGGUAAUCUGCAUCUCUUCCUUCCUCUGCAACGUUCUCCAA